CUUCGAGUCGUUUUACUCGAACACUUAACCCUUCUGUUAAGUGUUCCAGCAUUCAACAUCACUUAUAGGCAGUUAACAAGAUAGUUAAUGUCAAUAUUUUUUUUUUAUUUGCCACAAAUACCAAAGAAAUGGACUGAAAGAUGGAAUUGUUAACUUACACAUAUAUAAUGUUAUUAUUAAUUCUACACAAUAUUGCUAACCAAUGCGAAAGUAGUCGAUUUCGAACAAUGUAGCAACCGUAUUGUUUGCAUUCUUUGUACGAGAUUGCAUCCGUGCUGUGACGUUCAUAACUCAGCUUAUAAUUUUAUUAUCUUCGUGACAAACUGGAGUGUUGCUGGAAAGGUUCCAAGUUUUGUUAACCACUGUAUUCAUGUACAAUUAAAAUUAGUCCCACUCAAAGAUUAAAGAAGCCGAAGGAACCCUAAUAACGACACGAAAGUGUACAAAAAUUAUCGUCCAUUUGUCGCAACAGACUGGUUCAGGAGCUAAAAUUGAUGGUUAAUCAAUUGACAUUUAGGCAUAGACAAUAAUAGGCAUGAGCCACAAGAAUCCUGGGAAAACCAUGUCCCUCUGGAUAUCAUCAAAGAAAAACAGAGUUAACGUAAAGGAGAUAAAAUUAAACAAAACGCCGGCAACAUUUCAUAAUUCUUUGAAGGCAACGCUCAUAGUUGGGCAGUUGUUCUCACUGAUGCCUGUAGUUGGUAUUGCUGGGGAUGACCCUGCCAAUUUAAGAUUUGUUCGAACCUCAUGGAAAUGCCUCUACACAUUGCUGUCGUUCUUUGGGCAGCUGUUUAUCGCCGUAAUGUGCAUUUACAGGCUCACGUGUUCAGCGACGUCACUGAAAGGAGCAACACCGAUCAUAUUCUACGGAACCACCUGUAUAACAAUGAUGAUGUUUUUCCACAUGGCCAAAGCUUGGCCCAGUAUGGUACAGCACAUCGCCAGGGCCGAACAACUAGAUCCGAUUUACGACAAGAAUUUGACCAAGCGUUGCAACGUCACUUGUCUUGUCGUUUUGUUGUUGGCUUUGAUUGAACAUAUACUAUCACUUUUAUCAGCGGUAGCAGAAACCAUGAUAUGCCACCCAGAGAAGGCAUUCUAUGAAGGAUUCGUAAAACAAUUUUACCCAUGGGUAUUUAAUUUUAUUCCAUAUUCGCCAUAUUUGGCAGGAUUUACUCAGUUCCUCCACUUUCAGUCUACGUUUAUAUGGAAUUUCUCAGAUUUGUUCGUGAUAUGCAUGAGUUAUUAUCUCACUUCGCGCCUACAGCAUAUCAAUGAGAAGCUUCUCGAAGCUCAAGGAAAGUAUUUACCGGAAUCAUUCUGGAAGUCAACUCGUGAGGAUUACUGUCGAGCCACGCAAUUGGUCAGACGUGUGGAUAACGUAAUCAGCGGAAUCGUCUUCAUAUCCUUCGCAAAUAAUCUGUUCUUCAUAUGUUUACAGCUGUUCAAUACACUGGAAGAUGGAAUCAAAGGCACUGGUGAAUGUAGUAGCAGAGCAAAAAGAACGACAUUACUGGGAGGUUACGAAGCAGCGUCCUACUUCGUGUUUUCGCUAGUUUACCUGAUCAGCCGCUCAGUCGCCGUGUCGCUGAUAGCUUCACAAGUGAACUCCGCAUCGACUGUGCCAGCGCCGGUGUUAUAUGAUGUACCCUCACCGGUCUACUGCGUCGAGGUGCAAAGAUUUCUGGACCAAGUGAAUGGAGAUACUGUUGCAUUGAGCGGUUUACAAUUCUUUAAUGUUACCAGGGGUUUGCUUUUGACUGUAGCCGGCACAAUAGUGACGUAUGAACUAGUGAUGUUCCAAUUUAAUUCACCAGAUGCAACCGUGGCGCCAACAACUGUACUUAAUAUAACUUCGACGACUCCAACACCUUAAUGAUGUUAUCACUACAUGAAAUAUUAUGAAAUGUAAAAUACACACAUCAAU